AUGUCCGCAACUGUCCCAGCCCCAGCCCCCUCCUUCGUCAUUACCCGCACCGAAGAAUGGCCCGAGGCCGAUUUCGACCUCCCCGACGACCAGGAAACGUUUGCUAUUGACAACGAAGGCGACGAGCAGGCCGACCCUGGGAAUCGUAUUAAGGGAAGUCGACCCUCGUUAUCUGGCGCUGGCGCCGUUGCCAAGUUGGGAGGAGCACCCGUGGAAGACGAAGAUUGGGAUGCUGAGUUUGAAGAUGCUCCCAUCAAAAGUGCCACCGCCUCGUCUGCAAAUAGCUCAACUUCACACUUCACCGGUAAAAUCACACGGCUCGGAUCUAUAGAGCCGCGCAAGACCAAGGAGAAUGUGGAGGACUGGUCUGACGACGGUGACCUCGAGCUGCCCGAGCCCUCGCAUACCAACUUUACACUCGCACGUGCACCACUACCUCAGCCGAACGUCCCCGACACAGAGGACGCGGGCGAUGUCUCGACGAUCAAGAUUGCCAAGCACAAUUUCCCAUUGGUUGCAAAAAAGUCGUCUACCAAGCCAGUUGAAGAGGAUGACUUUGAGGCCGACUUUGCUCUUCCCGCGGAAAUGUCAAAUUUGUCACUCCGGAUUUUGACUCCCCAGACGUCAUCGCUCUCGCUCCGAAAAUCUUCCACUUUGGUCGAGGGCAAUGGGCCAUGGGGCGAAUUGACUACAUCCACCUCUACCUACUCAGACACAUCGAGUCUAUUGUCCUUGUAUCCACCCGAUGCUAGCCCCAGUACUUCUUCGGCCUCUCAACUUGGCACCGAAACGGACCCCUCUGAUGGGGACUUUGCUAUCUAUGAGGACGAGGAUGAGGCGUUUGAGGGCCUCAUUCUUCCUGAGGGCCUUGCUGGCAAGAACCUCGCGAAGCACCUCGAGACCAAGAAGCAAAUUGUCCCAGCCCAGAUUGCAGCCGAGAACGAUGCCAAAGGGUCACUUACGUCUCAAUCGCGUAGGACUGCAAAUGAAACUGAGGACUUUGAGUCAGGUCUUGUUAUAGGGGACGAGGAUAUCAGCAUCACCCGGCUUCGCCUGCGCCGCAUGGCCAACCCCGCAGAAUACCGAAGCAAAAGCGUACCGCUUCCUCGUACUGGUAGCGGUAGCUAUCGCCCUUCGUCUUCGUCCCGUUUACGUCCUGAAUCCGUUAUGGAGGUCCUUUCGGCGUCUAAAGUUCCAACUAUUAGUCGCUCGCGUUCGCCAAGUUCAGUUUCGCAGCGUUCCUUGUCAAAAAAGGAUUCACGGUCCUCGCUUGUUUCACCAACCAAUUUCUCGUCUCUCCGUCCAUCCUCGUCCAUCAUCAAUUUCUGGAUAGCACCACGUACCGCUCCGCUCAAACACCAAAAGUCGCUGGGGCGGCUGCAGCUUUCGUCAACCAGCAGUUCGACCUCUACUACACUUGGUGUGAAACUCGGUCGCAAAGCAAGUUUGGCCUCUUUGGCAGAUCCAUCUUCAUCGAUCACUCCUUCCUCUACCUUGUCGACCCGCCCAAGUGGCUUUGGCGCACCUACCGCUUCCUCCAAGGCUAGACAGAAGCCUGAACCGCGUGACGAGGUCGACAAGAAGUCCUCCGGCAGGCCGACAACCCCAUCGGCCGGUUCAGUCAAUUCCGCGUCGCUUCGGUUAACGAUGCCCACAUCGAGCUCGAGACAAAAAAUCCGGCCAUCGAUUAGCAGCGUCUUCCCUUCUCCUAUAUCCACUGCUCCUGCCGACCGAGCGACAUCUCCGCAGCCUAACCCGCGGCGCACCCCGACAAGUCCGCGACGCAUUCGUACCCGAAGUGGAGCUAGCAACGGAGGGACACCAUCAUCUUCCAUAUCGAGUAUGGCGUCAGCCACUGCUCCAAAAGUGAUGCGCAAGCCUAAACGGAUACAAGCGUUCAGUGAUGGAACAGAGCUCGACGCGUUUGACGAUUUGCCUGAGGAUACAGAAAAGGAACGCAAGUUCCGGGUCCAACCGGCCGGUCGCGGAAACGUGUCCUCGUCGCGCGGCGAGAAAGGGAGCUCCGCCAGUACCACCUCUGGAGGUACCCUCGGACGCAAAGCUGGCGGGACGUUGAGAAGACCACCAUCGAGUGCGUCUAGCCACGGUAGCGUUGAUCCGCCAAAGAGUGCUGGAAAGCAGUCCCUUCGGCACAAGCCUCGGGUGGAUUUCCCGGUCAAGGUGGCUAUCCCAGAGCCCACUCCCCGGCGCAAGAAGCCCACGGUCACGGCAGUUGGAGGACCUAGGAAGAAGCCAAUGUUGAUCAGAAAUUUGGGCGGUGCCGGCACUGCGAAGACUGUGGGCGACAUGAAGUGGAAUCCAAAGACACUUCGUUGGGAGGGGAAUGAGCAGGUCCUCAAGGAAUUCGAUGCACAUGCCGCCCCUUCUCGGCCGGCACUCAUCACUCAUCUGACGGGCUCCUCGAUCGGGGGGCUCAUGUCCCCUACGGGAUCGAUGCUUGCUAGCGGUGCGCGUAUCGUCGGUAACAUGCUAUUCGAUCCGGUUCGCAUGUGCUGGAUUAGUCGACUGCCUCCCGAAGAAGAGGAGCCUGACGUGUUUGCCGGACUCGCUGACGAUGAAGGUGAUUGGGAAGACAAGGCUGGCACUAUUCGCGCAAAUACUGGGGGCACAAAUGCCACGGAUGACGGCAAGGACUGGAAGGGGUCGGUGCGAUCCAUGGACAGCAUGCGCGAGAUGACGAUGAGCCCCGCGCGAUCACAUACGCGGUCGAUGUCUGAGAGCGAGAGCGAGGCGGGUGAUACUCCGAGUGCGCGUGGGACGAGACGAGGCGGACGCCAAAGCUUUGGUGGACAAAGCGUACAUGAAGAGGUCCCAGGUGUGGAUGAUGCGCUUGUUGCGGCGUGUAGAGCGGCCGAGGAACGACACAAGCAAGAAAUGAAGGGAUGGUAUAUCCGAUCGCGCUCGCGCAGCCGGUCAGUGAAAAGUUCAACGGAAGCUGAGGAAGCACCUGUGCGAACUCAUCUUUUCGACAUUCGUGCUCUUGCAACACGAAAAUACUGA